AUUGCAUCCACCUAAGCACAUGACAGGUGGCGUUUUGACGGUGCAGUUCGCGCUAGUGAAGAGCGAGGGAAGUCAUGUCUGUAGUAACGUCUGGACGAUACACUUUUCCCAACUAUAAUUUAGUUUUUUUUAUUUUCCUCCAGCUCGGUCUGCACUCAGUGGAGGGAGUAUGGCCUUUACCGCAAUCUAUUACCUCCUCACCGGAGCGAUACCCUCUGAAUCCCCAGGCUUUCUACUUUACUUACGGAAGUCAAUCAGCUGCACAGGAGGGCUGCUCUGUUCUGGACGAAGCAUUUAAGAGAUACUUUUCUCUUAUUUUUCCAGACUACUCAUCUGGUUAUGGUUUUCUGCGAUUCAGUGUGGAUAAACCAUUUACUGUCCAAGUAAGUGUCGGCCGCAAUGAUUGCGACAGCUACCCAGAUGAAGACUCUUCUGAGCAAUACACUCUGAGUGUCUCUGCUGGACAAGCGUAUCUGAAGGCAGAAACUGUGUGGGGUGCUCUAAGAGGUCUGGAAACCUUCAGUCAGUUGGUUUAUCAAGAGGAUUUUGGCUCAUAUUAUGUGAACAAGACUGAGAUUGAAGACUUCCCCCGCUUUCAGUUCAGAGGGAUUUUAUUGGACACUUCACGUCAUUAUUUACCAGUGCAGGCCAUUUUAAAAACCCUGGAUGCGAUGGCCUUCAGUAAGUUCAAUGUGUUUCAUUGGCACAUUGUCGAUGACCCCUCCUUCCCUUAUCAGAGCCGCACCUUUCCAGACCUGUCUGCUAAGGGGGCUUUCCAUCCGAUGACUCACAUCUACACGCAGUUAGAUGUAAGAAGGGUGAUCUCAUAUGCCAGAAUGCGGGGAAUAAGAGUCCUUCCUGAGUUUGAUUCACCAGGCCACACUCAGUCUUGGGGAAAAGGGCAGUCUGACCUGUUGACUCCCUGCUACAGUGGGAGCACCCCUUCUGGUACCUUUGGUCCUGUUAAUCCAAUAUUGCCCUCCACUUACAAGUUCAUGGCAACACUAUUUAAGGAAGUGUCUUCGGUGUUUCCUGAUUCCUAUAUCCACUUAGGAGGAGAUGAGGUUAACUUUUCUUGCUGGAAAUCCAACCCUGAUGUCCGAGCAUUCAUGCUGAAAAUGGGAUUUGGAGCAGACUUCACCAAACUGGAAGCUUACUACAUGGAGAACAUUGUGAACCUCACUGCAGCCCUCAACAGAACAUCCAUUGUGUGGCAGGACGUUUUUGACUAUCAUGAACGAAUUCCUAAGGACACAGUGCUGCACAUCUGGAAGGGCGUCCCCGCUUCUUAUGAGGCAGAACUCAGAGCUAUCACCAAAGCUGGCUACAGGGUCCUGCUCGCUGCACCUUGGUACAUCAACCACAUUUCCUAUGGCCAGGACUGGCGCAACUACUAUACCGUGCAGCCUCUGAACUUUUCCGGUACCGAGGAACAGAAGAAGCUGGUGAUAGGGGGGGAAGUUUGCAUGUGGGGGGAAUAUGUAGAUGCUACUAAUCUAACCCCACGUCUUUGGCCAAGGGCAAGUGCUGCCGCAGAGAGACUGUGGAGCGAUGAGAAGCAGACCUCUGACGUGGACAAGGCAUUUCCUCGAUUGAAGGACUUUCGUUGCGAACUCCUGAGGCGGGGUAUCCAGGCAGAGCCUCUCUUUGUCGGACACUGCAAACACGAGUACCAAGGUGUUUGAUCAUAACGGACCAUGUGACUUUUUUGAGCAUUUGAAUUGAUUAACUUCUGAGGUGUAACUGGAAUUAAUAUAUUUAAAAAGUAUUGUGUGUGGCAUUUGAGGAGGUGUAAAUUCUUCAAAAAGAACAUUUUCUCUGCUUUUCAGUCAAAUUUACACUUGUGCUUUCUCAGGGAUUUUCCUUUUUGUAUUGCAACUGCUGUUUUUUAAUUUUACAUUUGAUACAUUUAUAUCAUGUAGCGAUCAUAUAGAAACGUAAUAAAUGUGAAAGUUUACCUACAUUAUAUGAGAUAAUUACAAAAUAUACAAAGCAGUUGCGUUUGAGUUUAAAAGGUACACGCCAGUAUGAUGUAGCUUGCUCUCUUUUCCAUUCAAAUGUAAUAAAAUCACAAUAAAGUCACA